CGCGUAAUCUUGAAUGGGGAAAAACUCGGCGUAAUGAAUGAAAUUUAGAACACGAGGUUUCUAGUUUCUUAGCUGGGUCGAUCUCCUCUCUAGUUGGCUGCUCUUAGAUCCCCAGUCGACACCUUCAAGCCUUCAAUCCCUUGAUUCUUCUUCCGGAGAGUGAUAUGCAAGACCCUUCCAGACCCGCCACCGGCUAUCCGGCGCCGUCCUAUUACCACUCCAACGGCGGCCAGGCACCGCCUUCCGCCACCGCCUACCCCUACUCCGCUCCGCCACCGUACCCGCAAAACCAAUAUUACAACCCCAAUUCUUCGCGCAAUUACUUCACUCGAUCCUUCGUCCGUUCCUUCUUCGCCACACUCGUCUGCCUCUUCGUCAUCUUCGGUGCCAUCGUCUUCAUCGUAUGGCUCGUCCUCCGCCCUACCUUGCCUGACUUCCGCCUCGAAUCUCUCUCUCUCACCAAUCUCUCUGCCAACUCCCAGUCCGUGAACGGCACGUGGCAGGUCGGCUUCUUGGUGCGAAACAACAACAAGAAGAUGAGCGUCACCUACCAAGUUAUUGAGUCCUCCAUCUCUUACGACGCCCUGUUUCUUAGGGUGCAGCUUCUGCCGUUCAAGCAGGAGACUCAGACUGAAACACCUUUGAACGCAACGUUCUCGGCUGUCAACACUCCUGUGGAAAAGAAGGUCGUUGAUGCUAUCAAUGGAGACAAGGCACGCGGGUCUAUACCCUUUAAUGUGGAGGUUUUCGCUUCCACUGUGUUUCGCUCCGGUGCGUGGAGGUUGAGGGCUCGGGUGCUCAAAGUGUUGUGUCGCCGUGUUCCUGUUAGGAUUUCAUCGAACAGUACGUCAGGAACGUUGUCAGGGGGAGCCAGGGAAUGCCAGGUCUGGACCUGACUGAUUUGGCGCUUAAACAGUUUCUUACUGAACAUUUUCGUUGAACCGCAAAGUAGAAAAGUCUAAUUUUAUUGUUGUUUAUUGUGGUCGACGGUAUUAUAGUUUUUUAUUAUGCCUAGGUAAAUAGUUGGUCAGCCUUCAUUGUGCAGAAUUCUCCAGGAUUUUGUAUAUAUGUUGGUUAGUUCCGAAUACUGAGUAAUUUCCCCUAUUUUUCGGCCUGUUAUUAGCUUUUUAUUCUCUUCGAAGUCGAUUGAUAAUUGUCAUACACGGAAAUUUACACGUGUCGAUUGGAGAUGGAAAGAUGAAGUACAUAAUCUUAAUUUAUUCUUUUUUCUGUGAGUAAA